AUGCAGGGCUACCCAGGACAUCCUCAGGACUCGUACGCGCCCCACCACCACCCGCAGCACCCGAACCCUCACGCGCCGCAACACUACCAGCAACCGCCUCCUCCUCACCCUGGCUACGGGCAUGGGAUGCCCCCGCAGCAGCCUCAGCAACCGCAAAUGAGUGACGAGGGACCGGGGACGAGGAAGAGGAAGGCUCAGCAGGCGCAGCAGCAGGCUCAGCACGCCCAGCAGCAGUUGCAGAUGCAGCAGGACGACGACGAGGACGAGAAGCCGGGCAGCGAUGCGGCGAGCGCGAGCGGAGGGCCGGGGGGAGCGACGGGCGCAGCGGGAGGAGGAGGCGGAGGGUCAAAGGCCAAGGGCGGGGGGAGCGACUUUGUCAAAAAGCUGUACAAGAUGCUCGACGACGGCGAAUACUCGGACGUCGUUUCCUGGGGUCACGACGGCUCGACCUUCGUCGUCAAAGACAUGAACCAGUUCACGACCGCGAUCCUCCCCGCUCACUUCAAGCACAGCAACUUUGCCUCGUUCGUUCGACAGCUCAACAAGUACGACUUUCACAAGGUCAAGAACAACGAUGAUGGGCCGAGUCCGUAUGGCGAGAAUACCUGGGAGUUCCGACACCCGAACUUCCGUGCCGACAUGAAGGACAACCUUGAGAACAUCAAGCGCAAAGCACCCGCCGCGAAGAAGGCUGCCCAAGCCGCUCAACAACAACGCAUGCGCGCCGCCGCCUCCAACGGCCCCCUCGACCCCUCUCUCGCCGCCGGUCCCUCCGGCAGUCUCGCCGGCUCCCUCCCUCCCGGCGACUACAACGCCCUGCAAGUGCAACUCGACGGACUUGCGAGGACUCAGCAGGCUAUGCAGCAGCAUAUGACCAACCUCAGUCAGGAUUAUCAGGCCGUCAUUGGCGAGAUGAUGAACUUCCAGAGGAACAUGGUCGCGCAGGAUCAGUUGAUGCAGAACUUGAUCCAGUACCUCGUCAGCCUCGAAGCCGACCAGAAAGGCACGGCUUCGCAAGACCCCUCGGCGCCCUACGUCCCCUCGUCCCAAGCACAAAAGCUCAUCUCGUCCUACACCGAAGUCGCGCGCGCCUCGUACGACCAAAUGGCCGACCUCUCGCGCCGCGCGUCCCUCUCUGGCGGACAGUUCCCCAACUUGCCGCCUUUGCCGCCUCCGCCUCCGAACUUUGGGCACUUUGAGUUUGCGCCGCUCGGGAGGAGGGAUGACGGUGCGCAGAGGCAGAAUGGAGGGUACGAGCAGCAGGGAGGGCAGGGUCCGAGGGGACCGGGAGGCGCGUCGGCGAGUCCUGGACAGCAGCAGCCGGGUCAGCAGGGCCCACCGCAGCAGCAGCCGGGCCAGCAACCUCCCUCCCAGCAGCAACCGCCUCCUCCUCAAUUCGUCCACCCCGCCUUCUCCUCCGGCGAUCCUCAAGCCUCGACCUCCGCUCCCGCGCCCACCUCGGCCGCCGACCGCCCUCCAGCCGCCCCGCGUCGGCAAUCCAACGUCCCAGGCUGGGCCGUCCCGCCGCGCGUCUUGCUCGUCGAAGACGAUGCCGUCUGCCGCAAGCUGAGCAGCAAGUUCCUCGAGGUCUUUGGGUGCCAGAUCGAUGUCGCGGUCGAUGGCGUCAGUGCGGUCAACAAGAUGAAUAUGCAGAAGUACGACCUGGUGCUUAUGGACAUCGUCAUGCCCAACCUCGACGGUGUCUCGGCCACCUCGCUCAUCCGCCAGUUCGACCCGAUGACGCCCAUCAUCUCGAUGACGAGCAACUCGGGACCGAACGACAUCAUGACUUACUUCUCGCACGGCAUGAACGACGUCUUGCCCAAGCCGUUCACGAAGGAGAACUUGCUCAGCAUGCUCGAGAAACACCUGACGCACCUCAAGCUCAUGCAACAAAUGGCCGAGAUCCCCCGCGCGCUCGGCUUCACCGACAACCAGAUCCAAGACGCGCUCGCCCAGUCGGUCGUCGUGACGGACGAAGGUGGCCAGCAAGUCUUGAACCCGUUCUCGAGCAUGGGAAUCAGCGAUCAGGAUUAUGUCGAGAUGUUGCAGGGGAUUGCGAUGGAGAAGGAGGGCAAGAGGGGGCUGGAGGUCGUCCGCGACGAGGGGACGGCGCGCUUCCAGGAAGUUCAAUGA